AUGUUGAACGGUAGCGGCAUCAAAGUCUUCACUGGCAACAGCCAUCCCGAGCUCGCUGAACUCAUCGCCCGACGGCUCGGCAUCCAGCUCUCCAAGGCCGAAGUCACUCGCAGCGGGAUCGGCGAGACGAACGUGCGCAUCGGCGAGUCCGUGCGCGAGGACGACGUGUACAUCAUCAACACCGGCUGCGGCGAGGUCAACACGGCGCUCAUGGAGCUGUGCAUCAUGAUCCACGCGUGCAAGAUCGCGAGCGCGAAGCGCAUCACCGCCGUCGUGCCCCUCUUCCCGUACGCGCGCCAGGACAAGAAGGACAAGAGCCGCGCGCCGAUCACGGCCAAGCUCGUCGCCAACAUGCUCCAAAAGUCCGGGUGCGACCAUGUCAUCACGAUGGACCUUCACGCGUCACAAAUCCAAGGGUUCUUUGACGUCCCGGUAGACAAGUGCCUCUACGCAGAGCCAUCGGCUAUCCUGUACAUUCGGACGCACUUUGAUCUCUCGAACGUGGUGAUCGUGUCGCCUGACGCGGGGGGCGCCAAAAGAGCGACGUCGAUGGCGGACCGGCUCGGGGUGGACUUUGCGCUGUUUCACAAGGAGCGGAAAAAGGCGAACGAGGUGUCGCGGAUGGUGCUGGUGGGGCACGUGAAGGGGAAGAUGGCGAUCCUGGUGGACGACAUGGCGGACACGUGCGGGACGCUGUGCUUGGCGGCGGAGCACCUGGCGGAGGCGGGGGUGAGCAAGUCGUACGCGAUCGUGACGCACGGGAUCCUGAGCGGGCGGGCGCUGGAGAACGUGGAGGCGAGCGCGCUGGACAAGCUGAUCGUGACGAACACGCUGCCGCAGCAGGCGAACGCGGCGCGGUGCUCGAAGCUGGAGGUUAUCGAUAUCGGACCCGUGCUCGGGGAGGUGAUCCGGCGCAGCCAUUAUGGGGAGAGCGUGUCAAAACUGUUCAACGAGGUGCCCUACUAG